AUGGACUUCCAAUUCGUCAACUCGACGACGGAGACCUUGGGCCAGAGUGAUGACAUCAGAAGGAAGAUUCGGUCCCAUGCUAUGAAAGACUACAGAGCCCGACAGAGGAGUGCUCGGCAGGGACAGAGUACAGGAAAACACGACGCCUAUAGUGGAGAACCUAGCAAACCGAGUCGGUUGACGUUCAGAUUCGUUGUGGACCCCAGAGGUACUCCAAACGAUGCGGACGAAGACGCCGCCAUCCAAAGAUCGAAAUCGUCGACACCGAUGUCACUCUCGCCAUCAGUCUGGGGAAAAGAGUCGCCUGACAUCUUCCAGUCUCCUGCGCAGUUGCAACAGAUGUUUGGCCUUUGCAGGGAGUGGUUUCAGUGGCUACGACCAGAUAUCAAGGCCGACUUUGCGGGAAAACCGAUUGACCAGGCGUGGGACAUUUCACCUUGUUCCAUGCUCUUGGCUGCGAACUGCCUGGCCGCUAUUGGUGGGCUUGAUGCUGCGGAUAGGAAUCGACCCAGCGGUCUUGAGGUCGUCUUCAAAGGGAGGGUCCUUCACGAGAUUCAGAUACGUAUGCAGUCGAGUCUGGCCGCUACUACAGACGAGACAAUGUCGACUCUGCUGUUUCUUGUUUCUUAUGAGUUCUAUAGACUCAAUCCAGAAGCGAUCACCCACUUGAAAGGCCUUCGCAGUAUCCUUCGACUGAAAGGUCAGAAUCGGGCUGGAAUGAAAUGGGGAGGCGGGAUGGUUCUCGAAACGCUCGACCUCCUCACAGCUUUGUGGCAAUCAACAGAUCCUCUCAUGACGCCCGUUGAAGAUCAUGUAGAAUCCUCUAACGCUCCGCCGCGCACAUCUCUGGAUAGCAAGUCUCAUCGAGCAUUCCUUGCCCGUGAAGCCUUCCAAGACAUCGCGAACGUCUUGACGACUGAACGGGCCCAAUCAAGCCAUCAAUUCAAGCAAGAUCUGUUUUUGGGAAGGCAAGGACCCAACUACAGCGGACAAUUUCUUCGAGAUUCUAAACAGCUUUUCGACCGACCACUGCGAUUGCGAGCCAAGCGCUGA